CUAAAGUAAUAAUAAUAAUAAUAAUAUCCUAAAAUAGAAAGAAAGAAAACUAGGUGGCAGUUUUUUAUUGGUUGGAAAGGAAAAGGUGAUUUUCAUUGCACAAAAUUUGGAGCACGUACAAAUUCUGUUAAAGCAAAAUUUGUACAUAACGUACAGAUUUUCUCUCUGCCACUGCAUUGCCUUUUUCUUCAGCUCUUCACGACUUCACUGCUCCUCCUUCAUCUUCUUUCUUCGCCUGAGUUCAGUUCAGUUGAUAAUGAAGGUCGAGUUUACACCUGACUGCAGUCUGAACGACAGUGAUGACGAAGGAGCUGAACUGAGCAUUUCGAUGCUCAUUUCGGGCUUGAGAUCGGCGUUUAUGACCACUGAUUUCGACUGGGUCGAGGAGACUCUGAUCUAUAGAGAAGCCAAGCUGAAGAACAGAAUCGAGGAGCUAGAGUCAGAAAAUAUUCAACUAUAUCAUGAGGUUAAGAGAUUGAGGAUUUAUAAUUCUGAGACAAGAGUUGUCAAAGAGAAUUAUGAUACCAUGCGAAACAGAUUGAAGGUUGCUGAGGAGAAAAUUCUAGACUGUAAUUUGAGAGCUAAGGCUGCUGAGGAGAAAGUUCUAGACUGUAAUUUGAGAGCUAAGGCUGCUGAGGAGAAAAUUGUAGACGCUAAUUUAAGAACUAAAGCUGCUGAGUUGAAAGUUGUGGAUGCUGAAUUGAGAGUUAAGGAAGCUGAUGAGAAAGUUCGAGACUCUACCGAGAGAACUAGAGUGGCGGAAGAUCGAGCAAAAAAACUUGACGAGGGAGCUGAGGCGAAAACUCCAAAAGUUGAAAGGUUAGAGCAAUUGUUGGAUGAUGUGAAGAAGACCGAGAGAAAAAUAAUUGAGGAGAUUGUUCACAUGAAGCAAAAUGGGGACUGGAGCAAAUUUGAUGAACUGGAGAAAAAAGUGUCUGUGCUAGAAGCUGAAAAAGAAAUUGUUUUCAAAUUGGAAUCUCUGGUUCCAAUGUUAACAACCACAGGUUCCUCUGAGUCUCACAAGGCAAAUGAGGAGAAGGGUACUGAUACUAAUGAUGGAUUUGCUGUUGUUUCAGGCUCUGCUCAUCUUCCUUCACCUCCAAUUUGUUCAACGAACCAAGAUUCUGCUAAACCUUUGAUCACAUAUUCUAGGCGUAAUAAGAAAGGGAACCAGAAUAAGAACCAGAAACAGGGGUAGAUGUUUUGUAGUGGGAAUUAAGACAUUUUGAGAAGCAGACAUGGUUUCUUUACUUCUUUUUUUUUUCUUUCUUUUUGGGUUUAAUAUGGUUGCUUAUGACAAUUCAGUAAGACUUUCAAAAA